GGUAUGCAAGUGCCCUAUAAAGGGUUAAACUGCUUGUUUGACAAUACAACACAAAGCAGAAGCUAAAAAUUGGAUUAAAAACAUGUGCAAGGAGUCCCUGUGGCUACAGCAUCUGAGAAGUAUAAACACUCAGUGGGGAAGUUCAGUUUCCAGAAUCUGCUUGAACUAAGUGCUAGUGGAGCACUGGCAGAUAAGCAGGCUUGUAGUUGUAUUUUUCUAUCAACAGGAAACAGCAGCCCCAAAGUGUUAAACCCACACCACCAGCUGUCAGUCACACAUCAAGAUACAUACUCACUCACUUACACACACUCACAGAAAAACACUUGGAGUGGCAUUCAUUAGGAGUGUUGAAACAUUUCAGCCAUAGUCCUCAGACAGAGAUAGAUAGCUCAGAUGUGUGUGUUCAGGUGUGUGUGUGUGCUGCUGUGUGUCGCUGUCAGUGUGUGUCUAAACCUGCAGGAAGAACCUGUGGUGUUCAGUGGACCAACAGGAAGUUUGUUUGGAUUCUCCAUCGACUUUCACCCUGUCAACAAUACCAACAUGACAUGUGUUGUGAAUUGGCGCUUUAUAAAUAAACUGAAUCGAACUGAAUUAACAGGUGACGAGGAACACAGCAGCUCAGAUGUCAGCUUUCACUCCUUUAAGAGCAGACAAUGGUUCGGAGCUUCUGUCCGCUCAGUCAGCGGGACACACCUGUUGGCCUGUGCACCACUCUUUCAUUGGAACGUCAAAAGGAGAGGGGCGGAGUCAGGGAAAACCCCUGUGGGUAAUUGUCUCCUAUUGGACCACGCAAGCAGGGUCUUGACAUCUUUCUCUCCCUGCAGAGGAAUCUUGAUGGAUGCUGACUACACGGUUAUAAAGAACAGAAACGAUCAGCGUUACUGUGAGGUGGGCUUCAGUGCUGACAUCACCAAGGCUGAUCGGCUGGUGCUCGGAGCUCCAGGAAGCUUCUACUUCCAGGGUCAGGUGAUCACAGUGGGUCUCAGGGACAUCAUCGACAGCCAACAAAGCAAUGAACCCAUUCAGUACGUAACAGGAAUCCACCAAUCAGAGGAGCAGGGUGGUUACGACCUUUACCGUGGUUACUCUGUGGCUAGCGGUAUGUUGACUGGCGACUCCACACCAGAUUAUGUGGUUGGUGUUCCACAUGACAGGAACUCUGCAGGAACAGUGAGAAUCUAUGAUGGAAGAAUGGGCGGUUCUCUGAGAGUUUACCACACCUUUCUAGGAGCUCAGGUGGCUUCCUACUUUGGACACAGCGUGGCCGUAGCCGACUUCAACGGCGAUGGUCUGGAGGAUGUUCUUAUUGGAGCUCCACUCUUCAUGGACAGAGUGAUGGAGCAGUUGCAGGAGAGAGGACAGGUGCUUUUACACCUGCAGAGGAAGCAGGCCACCUUCCCCUCCCUGCCAGACCAGUCACUGACUGGUCGGUCUCUUUAUGGCAGGUUUGGCUCUGCCCUUACUGUGCUAGGUGACCUGGACAUGGAUGGUUACCAAGAUGUUGCUGUUGGGGCUCCAUGGUCAGGUGAUGGUAAGAGGGGGCAGGUGUUUAUUUACCUGGGGAACAGGAAUGGUCUGUCAGCCAUACCCUCACAGGUGAUUGAAAGCCCAUUGCUUAGCAACGGAUCAGCAUUUGGAUUUUCCCUAAGGUCAGGUGGUGACCUUGAUGGGAAUGGAUACCCAGAUCUGCUAGUUGGUGCGUGGGGUGCAGAUCGAGCCUUUCUCUACAGGUCUCAGGCUGUGAUCCGGUCCAGAGUUUCGGUGUAUUUGCAGCCAGACUUUUUAAAUCCAGAAGUUAAACUGUGUCAUCACAGAAACACUCCUGUCUCAUGUUUUGAUGUUCGAAUAUGCAUCCAUGUAUCUGGUCACAAAAUCCCUAAGCAGACGGAUCUUAGGGUGGAGCUACAGCUUGACACAAUGAAGCAGCCGAUGGGACGAAGAACUCUACUGCUUUUGACCAAUCAGCCACAUGAGAUAAUGCAACUGGUUGUUGAAAGACAGGUGGGCUGGGCCUGUACCAAUCAUACAGCCUAUCUGAGGUCUGAAGAGGAGAUUCGUGACAAACUGAGUCCAAUCUUCAUCACUGCUGAGAUAAGCCUUGUAAACUCGACCAAAAAUGCUCUGCUGCAUGGACAGACGCACUCAACAGUCCAGAGUCGGCUUAUUCUGGAAUGCGGUGAUGAUAAUGUUUGUAUCCCCGACCUGAAGCUGAGAGUUAAACCGGUGUCAGAUAGUGUGUUGGUUGGAGAUGAUCAGUCAGUGUUGCUGUCAGUGUCGGCUAUCAACGAAGGUGAAGGUGCAUAUGAGACUGAGCUAGUGAUCCAAAUCCCGGAACACACACACUUCCAAAGCAGUCAGGGUGCAAAUCGUCUGGUGUGCAUUCAGAGGAAAGAGAACCAGACUGUUGUUGUCAUCUGUGACCUUGGAAACCCCAUGAAACAAAGACAGAUGAUCAGGAAUCAGGGUCCCAGUUCUGUCAAUGCCCGACUGACCGUUGACUUUCCCUCCACCUGGCAACAAUACUUUUUACUCUACGUCAUCUCCUCUCCCUCAGAAGAAUCCUUGAGUUGUCAGACCCUAAACACAUCAGAGCUGGUGCCUUUAGAGUUGCUGAGUAACUACAGUGUUGCUGCAGUUUCAAAUUCCAUCCAGCAGGAGGAGACAAACUCCGACAGACAAACUGUCUAUGUGAACUGCAGCAGCAGAGAUACGGGGUGUGUAAGGUUUGAGUGUGAUGUCAUGGCUUUGGGGCGGGGCUUUAGCGCCGUGAUCAAGAUAUCAGCUCGGCUGUGGUUGCACACACUAACAAAGACUCCCCACCUGAACUAUGACCUUGUUUCGUCUGCGUAUUAUGAUGUCAUCAGCACACCAUCAAAGGUCCAACCUGUGCUUUUCAACAGUGGACAUGCACAGGCUCAGAUCAGCUUGGUGUGGCGUUCUCUUGAUGGAGAGAAGCCUAUUCCUAUUGGUUACAUCAUCCUGUCAGUGUUUUCUGGACUCCUCCUCCUCUGCCUGCUCUGCUUCGUCUUCUGGAAGCUGGGCUUUUUUAGGCGUACCAGGCCCCCGACUGAUGAUGAUGAUGAUGAUGAUGAUGAUGAUGAUGAUGAUGAUGACAAUGGUAAAGACCAUGGAGACCAAGAAUUAUCUGAGGAGAGCCAUGACUGAAUAGUAAAUCUUCAACUUGGGCUGCACACACCUGUUAAUAUCUUACCAAUAUCAUGCUUGUUU